AUGAGCAGAAAUAUUAAGAGAUUAGCAAUAACAGCCAUCAUACUAAUGUGGGUGGGAAUAGUGUCAAUGGUGGCGGCCGGGCAGACUUCAUCCAAAACCAUUCGUUCAUCCAAGACCCGAACUGCCCUCGUGCUUUCCAGAAUAGAGGGAGGAUUGGGUGACAUUAACUGGGCAGCCAACAUCGGGAAGGAGUUAGAGAAAGUUGCAGGUAUAAAACCAACCUAUCUAUUCGUGGGAAGAACUACUGAUGGGGCCAUUGAGAAUUUAAAUCAAAGAAGUGAUAUGGGCAGCGCGCCAAAGAUCAUUUACGACCUGGACAAAGUAGAGCCGGGAUAUGCAGGAGUAUAUGUGUAUAGGAAUAUGGAUAAGCCCACGUAUAGCUCUCUGGAGUUGAAAGAGAUUGCGGCCCUUGGGGAAAAGUUCAACUGUACUGUCCUAUUCCACAUGUGUUGGGAAUAUCUGACCAUGGUGGAGAAAUUCACCCAUCCUGUGGAGAAAAGAUUCAUUCUGGUAGAAGAGUAUGGGGAUCUGCUUGGGAAGGAUAUUCGUGAAGAAAACCGGAUCUUCUUUCUGGACUACAAAGAGAAGUACGGGUUAGCUGUUUCUGAGGCAGACUGUAUGCGCCUAGAUGUAAGUGCCGACGAAUUCUACAACAGGCUGGGAGAAGAGGCCAAAAAGAAGUUCAACUUAGAAUAUGUGAAACAGUUGGAGAAGAAGAUAGGUGUAGGUGUGCCGUACAAUUUUGUCUAUUACAACUUGUUUACCAAGAAAAACACUUUCGAUGGUCUGCUUAUAAUGCUCAGUCGGUUCUUGACCCGGACUGCCAAGCUCCAGGGCCUGAAUAAUCAAGACCCAAACACUCCCAUCACAUUCCUGGUGAACCAGCUUGAUCUUUACAAGGAGGCCAAACUUAAGGAGGAAAGUAUUUGGAAGCACCGCCUCUUGUCUCAGAAAAGCCAACAGUCACUGAAAACAGAAGCAGACGAGGCAGCACGCAAGGAUAUGCUCCAAAAGAUUAUCAAAGACGCCGGCAUCACAUUGGGAGAAGACGGAGUACAGCAAAUUAAUCUUGCAAGCAUCAACAGAACAUUUCGGCUGGUGUCGUACGAGAAUCUCUCACCCGAAGCUUUCGAAUACUUCUUACUAAAAAGCGAGCUGGUUGCAGGUUGCACUGGUGACAUGUCUCUUACACAGGUGCUGUCAUCCAAGCGAGUUCCUGUGUACGAGUGUCUUUCGCAUAAACGGAGCUUCUACACCAAUGUUCUGAACACCCCGUGGGUAGAAGCCAUGGAGGAGGUUGAUAUUCCCGUGGAGAAGGACUCACAGGCCUUCCCUGGGUUAGAGGAGGAUAGCACUGUGCUUUCCUUUUCGGGAAUGGAAGUACUGACUCCAGAGAAUGUAAGGCAGAUCUACCCUACCUUCCACUCAAAAUUGCUGCAGAACGCCUUCUCGCCAUGGUUCAAAAAGAGAGUGGAAGAGAUACUGAAGAGAAGAAAGCCCAAACAAUGCUGGCCGAUGUAA